GUAUUCUUCAAUAGGUGGAUUACAAGAGCUAAUCCCAAGGCAGAGGACUAUUAAAAGGAAAGAGAAGAGAGCGAAAAAGGUAUUGAAAAAGAGAAAAGAGAGUUUUUAGGCUUGACUGGUGUCUCGGACGAUUCGGUAGAAGGGAAGUGAUUCCCAAUAUUUUCCUAUUUUCUAGUCUAUUUCUUAUGGAUCUAUAGCUCUAUAAGCUUAAUAUUUUCAUUUGGUGCUUGUUUGCAAUUUGAUCUCUUGUUCUAUUUCUUAAUUAUAAACUUGAGUAUGGAUGGGUGUUUAGAUAAUGGAUUUGCUAUUUUGUUUGUUGUUUACUAAUUGAACAGCUUGAUUUGUGGAAGGAUUAGAUUUACUAAAUUCUUCUAUGAAGAUAGUUGGAGAUUGAGAAAUCUUGUAGUGAAUUCAUGGUUCAAUUAAUUACAGCUUAAUUGAUCUGGAAUUCAUUAAAUUUUGGUGCUUUCAUUGAGAGAAAAUCCCUCCAUGGCUGAAUCAGUGGAAUUGUAAGAUCUAGAAGCUAAGAUCAACACACUCUAUGCAAGGGUCCAUGCAAGGUGGGUCCAAGAUGAAGAAAGAUGAGUCUAAGACGAAGAUAGACUCAUGAUGUCCAAGUCAGUACAGUUGCUUGUUUCCCAUCUCAGUGUCUAAAUUCGCCCAUCAACUGUUCGAUGAAAUUCCCCACUGAGCAGAUUGACGUGGUGAAGGGUGAUGAGCAGCAGGAAUCAACCUAUUUUGACAAAAUAAAUACUUCAUUGAAGACAAGCUAUGGGCUCAACCAGAAUCACUGUGAUCCUGUUCUUGUUAUUUAGACAAUGUUCGAUGAGGUGUACUAUAGCAUGUCUAUCUUGCAGCUUGAUGAAUUUGUUGCUGAAUCUAUAACUCCUAUUACUAAAAUUGAUGUUGUAAACUUGAAGGCAGCAUAUGAGAUGUUACCAGAUGCCAUCGGCCAGACUCGGCUAAAUGCAAGCAUUGGGGAUGAAUUUGCCAGUCAUAUUCUCUCAAGGGCUGCAGAAACAUUGGAUGCUCUAUCAAACAUCCAAGAGAUCAUCAGGGAUGUUCCAAUCACAAAUACCGCCCAUGAUGAGGCAGAACAUGGUUAUGUGGUGAUUGCAGCUACUGCAAAAGCAUUGAUGGAUAGGUUUAGCCAAUUUGAUUUAUUACUUGAGUCUUAUAGAAUAUGUGUUGUGAUGGAUCAGAGGAAGGUUGUUUAUUGGAACAUCUAGUUUUCAGGAUAUGCUCGUGCCAA